CUUCAGACCAGUUUCUCAAAGUGUUUCUGCUACUGUCUGACAGUAUCAUCACUACAGGUGACGACUAAAGUCAAACAGGCGAAAGACAACGUGAGCCACACAUCAGGUCUGGUGAAGCUGUCAGACCUAAAGGGCCCUCAUCUUCCUGUGAGGUCACUUCCUGUUGCUGACAGUGCUAUGACGCAGAGGCUGGGAGGGGCCUGUGUGGAGGAAGAGGAAGGGGAAGAGGAGGAAGCAGCUCCAGCAGUCCGCAGGAGGAACAGGAAGUCUUCGACGGCAGCAGCAAGAGGGGAAGAGAUGAAGGUCAGAGGUCGUCGGCAGAGAGAUUUCGACCCAGCCAUGGUGGAGGAGGAUGACGAGGCGGAGCCUCACGAAAGCAGGGAGAAGGCAGACCCUGCUGCCUGGACUCAGAACCAACAGAAACUGCUGGAACUUGCUCUGCAACAGUUCCCCCGAGGAACCGCAGAACGCUGGGACCGCAUCGCCAAGGUGGUCCCUGCGAAGACCAAGGAGGAAUGUAUGAUUCGUUAUAAGAUGUUGGCUGAGCUCGUUCAGAAGAGGAAACAGGCCAAGAGCUGAUGAAAGGUCCUGAGCUCUGACUCCGCCUCUUCCUGCUUUCACCUGAAUCAGGUGACCUGUCAGAAAGGUGAUCAACCAGGUGACUUGUCAGCAGUGUUUUAUCUCUGUCCGGGUGAGCCGCUUCCUGAUUGGACUGAAUCAUAGUUUGUUUUAUUUGUAUGAUGUGGUGUCUCACCUGAUCAGGUGUGUUUUUAAAACCAAUGUGUCAAAGGUAGCAGGUAACCAGUCUGAGGCCUCCUGACCUCUGACCUCACAGCUUCAUGUGCCUUAGCUCUGUUCAGCAUGCUGUCAAUCAACUUCUGUUCAACUGAUCAAUAAAAAG